CGACCCUAAAGAACGGUUUACGUUAAUCUAAAAAAAUCUAAAAAAAAUCGGGUAGGCAUUCGAUGACACUUGACAACCGUUUUUUGCCAAGAUUAAGAAUCUGAAACAUCAACUCCCUAUUGUGUAGCUUGAUAGUGAACAGGUCUGAGUUUGGAUUGUUUCUAAGCAAAGUCUAGCAGAACGAGGACACAAGGGCGGCUUAGCGAGUGUUUCAGUGCUUUCAACUGCCUUCAAGGAGGGACAGUUGAAAGGCCUAGAGGAUUGUGACCAACAUUGAGCAGACAGCCCUGGAAAAGGAUCAAAUACCACAAAGCACAGAAAAAUGUCUGUCCAACCCAUAUGCUGUGACGAGGAACCUGGGAUGGAACCUUUAGUACAUGAAGACAAGACCGUGGAGAAUUGCGUGUCUUUGAAUGAUAAAAAACGGGGUAUAAAGGCUGAUUUACCAGUGGAUAGUGGCCAUAUAACAGAACAGAGCAAAGCAUGUUUAUUUUCUGAAGAGAAGAGAGAACAAAAAGGUCCAGAAAAAGGUAUUAGGCCUAGGUCUUCUCAUAUCGAAAAGGUGUUUUUUCCACUGCAUGAAGAUGAAAAACAAUUGGAGGAAGAUAUAUGUAUAGAUUUAAAAAAGAACCAACCAAAUAUCAUUGAACCAAACUCAAAAGAAUUGCCUCUUGAUGAAACAACAUCAUCACCUAUAAUUAAUGGCCAAACAGAUAUAAAGUGCAUGCAGGAUGUACAGGGACAAAAACUUAUGAAAAAUGAGAGCAAGGACAAUGCUGAUAGAAAACUUGUGGCCAAUCAGAAGGAAAUUCCUUAUGAAGGCAGUGAAGGCGAUGAGAUGGAAAAGCAGAAUGAAAUGAAAGAAAAAGCGGACGACACAAAUGUACGCAACGAGAAGGAAAAGGCUGGCAACUCAAAUGUACGAAAAGUGGAAGGAAAGGCAGCCGACACAAAUGUAUGCAAGGAGAAAAAAAAGGUAGCCGACUCAAAUGUACGCAAGGAGGAAGGAAAGGCAGCUGACACAAAUGUACGCAAGGAGGAAGGAAAGGCAGCCGACUCAAACGUACGCAACGAGGAAGGAAAGGCAGCCGACACAAAUGAACAUGUACCCAACGAGAAAGGAAAGGCAGCUGACACAAAUGUAUGCAACGAGGAAGGAAAGGCAGCCGACACAAAUGAACAUGUACCCAACGAGAAAGGAAAGGCAGUCGACACAAAUGUAUGCAACGAGGAAGGAAAGGCAGCAGACACAAAUGAACAUGUACCCAACGAGAAAGGAAAGGCAGCUGACACAAAUGUUUGCAAUGAGAAAGGAAAGACAGCCGACACAAAUGUACAUGUUAGCAACGAGAAAGGAAAGGCAGCCGACACAAAUGUAUGCAAUGAGAAAGGAAAGACAGCCGACACAAUUGUACCCAACGAGACAGGAAAGGCAGCCGACACAAAUGUACAUGUUAGCAACGAGAAAGGAAAGGCAGCCGACACAAAUGUAUGCACCGAGAAAGAUAAGGCAGCCACCACAAAUAAAUUCACCGAGAAAGGAAAGGCAGCCGACACAAAUGUACGCAAGGGGAAAGAAAUGGCAGCCGACUCAAAUGUACGCAACGUGAAAGAAAAGGCAGCCGACUCAAAUGUAUGCAAUAAGAAAAAAAAGGCAGCCGACACAAAUGUACACAAGGAGAAAGAAAAGGCAGCCAACACAAAUGUGCGCAACGAGAAAAAAAAGGCAGGCGACUCAAAUGUAUGCAAUGAUAAAGGAAAGGCACCUGACACAAAUAUACGCAAGGAGAAAGGAAAGGCAGCCACCACAAAUGUAUGCACCAAGAAAGGAAAGGCAGCCGACACAAAUGUACGCACCAAGAAAGGAAAGGCAGCCGACACAAACGUAUGCAACAAGAAAGAAAAGGCAACCAACACAAACAUACGCAAAGAGAAAGUAAAGGCAGCUGACACAAACGUAUGCAACAAGAUAGAAAAGGACACCGACACAAAUGUACACAACGAGAAUGGAAAUUAUGGAAAAGAAAAAGUGGAACAUCAAAAUGCUGGCCUGUUCAUGAAAUCUUUUAUAUUGAUACUAUUGAUCCGGGAUGUUUCAGGUCCAUCUGCAAAAAAGGAACCUGAUGGAGGAAACCUCUUUUUCAUUGAUUUUCAAAAUGGCUCUGUGGUGGUAGAAGUCUUUCCCAAAGACAACAAUGAUAUCAGCGAUGUGGCAGUGAACAACGUAUCUGUUGCCAGCUGCGCUUUUAGACACGAAGCAGAAAUCAGACAUCCCAAAUUCAAUGAGUUCUACCGUAUAGUCCUCACACAAUGGGGAAGUUGUCUCUUCAUAAUAUACAGUUGCAAUGGAACCCAGCUGGAUGUGAACAUAUCCUCUACCAAGGGAUUUGAAAAAGCCACAGUUGAUGGGAAAGCCUACCCACACCUCAAUAACUCCGUCAACUUCAAUUUUAUCCUAAGAGAGAAGGAAGAUUUUAAACAAGAAGAAGGCGGGCAUGAUCUAGAAGACGAAAAGAAUAGCAGCAUUGGGGCUUGGCUGGGAGGGCUGCUGCUUGGAAUUAUGAUUGGAAUUGUGAUUGGAAUUGUGAUCUUUUGCUUCAUCUUGAAAAAAGAUUGGUGCCAUUUACAAAGACGUUUAUUAAAUAUUACUGAAGCAGCACAUGCUCCCAAGGAUGGCGUGAAAUUAGCUGAACAAUUAGACUUGAUGAUACAUGACGAUGAAAAUCAAGUAGCCAAUGGGACAAGUUUGGAGAAUGGUGGGCCCCAUGCACACAACACAGGAGAGACAGGACGUUGGGGAAGCUUUGUGGAAUCUUGUCCGAACUGUUUCAAGUGAAACUAGUAAGCCGUGAAGCAGAUGAACCAUUCAAACCUUUCACCGAGCUUUGCCAACUCCACAAGGAGAAUGAGGUCUAUAUGGAGGAUGUGUAGGCCACACAGCUCAUGGCUUCAUAUACUCAACACAUAUACAAUAUACUUAUUGUUCUUGCUUUGAUAGAUUGUGUAGUUAGUUUGUAUUCAUUCAGAAUUUUAUAUUGACAUUGUGAAUUUAACCCUAAGCAGAAUUAUUUUUUUGAAUUUUUGACUCCUGUGCUUGUCCCUGUAUGUUUUAUUAUAUUAUCUGUGUGUAGUUAUCAUUGUAUUGUCUGUAUUGUCAUUGUGCUUUUUUUUAAUAUAUCGAAAUGAUUCCAGCUAAAUUGUAAUGAAUAAAAUAUAAAUGUAACUUAGUGUAACCAAUGAAUUUCUCAUUUUCAUUAGAGAAGCUGACGAAUAUUUUCUUCUUUUUUUUUGACAAAAAUAUAUAUUAAAUUGUCCAAUUUAAAAAAAAAGAAUAUGAGUUAAGAAAUGUUGCAUGCAUUUGAAAAAAAAAUACAAUAAAAUAUUUCUUUAAAAUGAAACAAUGUACAUACUUACUUUUGACUAUUUAUCAAAAUAUUGCUUUGAUAAGGGAUUUAUUGUACGUGAAUUAAAAUUUUCUUUUAAGAUAUUCCAAUGAUUUUAUGAAAUAUAUAUUUAUCUGUUUAUGUUCCAUUUUAACCUUCUUUAUUAAGGAAUUUGGCUUUAAUUGUUUUAAAUGGACAAGAAUUGACAGAAUAUAAUAGUACACUGAAACAUUUACAGAUGAAUUUACUUUAAUGUGAACAAAAAAGCGAUUUUUUUGUUUUCGUUUUUACCAUUGUUUGUAAGUCAGUCAUUUAGUACAGUAUAACUAGUCUAGGUCUUUGUGUUGAACUUUGCAAAAGCAUGAAAAUAAUUUGUAUUGUAAAGUGCUUGUACAUUUAAGAAUUUGGCUUUAAUCAUUUUAAAAUGUACAUGAAUUGAGAGAAAAUAAUAGUUCACUCAAAAUCAAUACAUACACAUGUAUAACAAACAUACAUUUUGAGUGAUAAACCUUUAACUACUUACUGAAUAAAACAUUUAUGGAAAAUAUUAAUUACUGAUAACAGAAUUGUAACAGUGUAUUUAAUAGCUGAAAACGCAGAAAUAUUAAAUGAUUGGUGAAUGCUAAAAGAUUUUCUGUGAUCUACUAAAUGAUUGGUGAAUGCUAAAAGAUUUUCUGUGAUCUACUAAAUGAUUGGUGAAUGCUAAAAGAUUUUCUGUGAUCUACUAAAUGAUUGGUGAAUGCUAAAAGAUUUUCUGUGAUCUACUAAAUGAUUGGUGAAUGCUAAAAGAUUUUCUUUGAUCUACUAAAUGAUUGGUGAAUGCUAAAAGAUUUUCUGUGAUCUACUAAAUGAUUGGUGAAUGCUAAAAGAUUUUCUGUGAUCUACUAUUGUCUCUUAAGCUUGUAAUAGGGUGUUUUCUGCACCUUUCUUCAAAUUGAAUUCAGUAUCAUUCAUAAGAACCACCGUUUUCAACAUUUAUUCAUUCCUUUUGAUAUAUUAAAACAACUUAAUUUUGGUAAAUCUUUUUUUGGGAGUAAGAGUGCAUCUUUAAACAUUUAUAGAUAAAUUCAUUUCAAAGCGAACAAAAAGAUGAUUAAGAUUUUUUAGGUAUUUAACAUUGUUUGAAAGUCAGUCAUUUAGUUCAGUGCAUCUUGAUAAGAUCUUUGUGUAGAACUAUGCAAAAACAUGAAAAUAAUUUGUAUUUCUUAUUGUAUAUAAAGUGCUUGUACAAUUUUGUUUUUGAGGAAAUGUAUAUCCUGAAGAUAUGUAUACAUUACAGCUAUUGUGCUGUGAAAGAUUGAUUUGUGGACAUUUGGGUCAUAGUUCAAGGUAUUUUGAUGACCUUGAGCUGAAAAUCUGUUCUGUUUAUUACUGAAGAACGCUCGGACCACAUACUUCAUGACUCAACACACCUCCCUUAAUGUUCAUGUUUGGAUAGUUGAUGUAGUAUGUUCGUAUUCAUUCAGAUAUAUGUGAUGUAUAUUGUCUCAACACAGAACAUUCCUUUUUUGCGUGUUUUGAUAGGUCAUGUAGUUUGAAUGUCUUCAUAAUUUAUAUUGUCACUGAAAAUGUGUGCCCCUAAGCAGAAUUUAUUUUUGAAUUUUUACUCCUGUGCUUGCAACUGUAUUUUUCAUUGUAUUAUCUGUGUGUAUUGUCAUUGUGCUUUAUGGGGUUUUAUAAUGUUGUGAAAUGAUUUCAGAUAACUUGUAAUAAAUAAAGAAAAUAUGACCAUAAGGCCACAACAAAUUGAUCUUUUGUUCGUCGGAUUUGCCGCCCCUAAAAUUCGAAAAACGAAAAAAAAAAAAAACUUUUUUUUUGCGCCCGCACUUACUAUUUGGCCGCGCAUAUUAUUUAUUUUUUUUACUUCUGAAUUUCCUAUAGUUUCUGAAGUUUUUUUACUUAAAAUUUGAACCUGCAACAUCGACUUCGCCUUUUUUUAAGGUAUUUCCAUGCUUUACAUUCUCCGCGAGCAAACUUUCCUCGUGUCAGGACAAAAUCAGGUCCGGGUAACCGCAAAACAGCCGAUAUUUGUUGACAGUCUUUUUUGUCGGGAAUAUUUUGCAGGACGCACCGUUAUUAUCUAUUUCCGGUAUUAAUUUGCAGGAUACACAUUUUUAAUUGAAAAUCAGUGUCAUAGUCAAUGGAUUAUAGUCUUCAGUAAACAACAACAGUUUCACAGCGUCGAAGGCAAUAAUUAUUUAUGUGUGUUUUAAGUAAUUCAUUGUUUUGUACUCAAAAUUUAGUGUUAAAUAAUAACUAAAUCAGAUUUUGAGUGCAAAACUUAAAUUAAAAUACACGGACACUCGACUUACAACAAAUGAACAUGUUUUCGUGAGUUAUUUUUUAAAUUCUAAAAUGCAUUUCUCAGUUUUAUACUCGUAAUUGAUAAAAAUAGAAGGACUUGUAAAUGUUUCAGAAACAGUGUAUUUAUGCACCAUUCAAUUGUAACCAUGCCCCCCCCCCCCCCCCCAGGACCGGGGGUAUACCGGAGAUAGCCGGUGAAAUGGGCCGUGUUUUCACCUUCCAGGUGGCCCCGCAGUGCCGUUGGUUUUACCCGGGGUUGGCUGGACCGAAAGUCAAAGUCCCCGCUAUUCCCCGGACCAUGGGGGUCGUGGUUACAAUUGACUAGUGCAUUACACAUACAUGUACAUGUACAGUAUAAAAAUAACAUCAGUAAAAUCAGAAAAUAAAACCUUUUAUAAGUAAAAUGACUGUUUUAAUUUUCUCAAUUCUUUGUUCUUAUCCAUUUGUUUUCUUUGAUCGAUUUGUAGUAAAGUGGCCUGUUAUUGAAGUGGCCUGUUUCUUACGGGCAUUGAAGCUAUGGAGGGUGUCAUGAUGUUUUUUUUCAAGGCACGGACCUAUAAACCUAUUGGUUCGUGGUAAAGGCGAGGUCUUGAAAGGGAAACAUCUUUAUUCCACCACCUGCUGUAAUAUAAUGACCGGUGCCACAUUUGCAGAUAUGUUUAAUACUGCUUCAAUUGUGUUGUGCCGCAGUUUAAUCGGCAGUGUCUUAAGUAAUAGUAAAGCACUGGAUCUUAUUGCCAUUUGUUAUAUAUUGAGACAGAUUUUCAUGUGAUACAAUCAAAACAGUUUCAUUUAUAUUUAAACUAAGAACCUAUGUUUGCAAUUAAAAAGCAUUUCUUGACAUAUUGCAUGAUAAAUUUAGUAAGAAAUAAACUUUUUAAUUUUUAUUUAAUUUUUCGCCUUGCGCUCGCCUCUGAAUUGCCUUAAAUUAAAAAGAAAGUAUUUUAAAAAAAAAUUCGCUCGCUCGCUCCUACUUUUUUUGGGCAAAAUCCGUAGAACAUAUGAUCAAUUUGUUGUGGCCUAAUAUGAAAAGUUAAAAUAGUUCAAUCACAUCAUUUAAAUAAUGUAACCCAGGAAUUUGUCAUUUUCAUAAAAAAACUGAUUAUUAUUAUUUUUAUAACAAAAUAUUGAUAAAAUUGUUAAAUUUUUAAAAAUAGAAUAUGUGUUAAAAUGUUGCUUUCUUGAGAAAAACACAUAAUGGAAAGUGUUACUUUAAAUGAAACAAUGUACAUACUUGCUUUUGACUCUUUUAAUCAGAAUAUAGCUUUAGAAAGGAAUUUAUUGUAGGUACAUUUGAAAUUUUAAACAGAAAAUCUGAAUUAUUUUAUGUAAGAUAUUGCUCUGAUAGUGUUACAUUAAAUUUUCUUUAUAUAAGAAUUUGGCUUUAACAAUUCUAAAAUGUUCAUGAAUUGAGUACACUUCGACAUUUAAAAGGAAAUUGAUGUUAAAGCAAUUUAGAUAUUUUUGUGUGACCAUUGUUUGAAAAUCAAUUAUUUAGAACAAUACAUCUUUGUGUGGAACUCUGCAAUAACAUGAAAAUAAUUUGUAUUGUAUAUUGUGUAAAGUGUACAAA